AUGGAACUUUCACAGCCGUCAGAUGAGUCCAGGGUGCUGGUCAUAUACACCGGUGGAACCAUCGGGAUGCUUGUCGGCCAACAAGGCUAUGUCCCAGUGCCAUAUUUCUUGACAGAAACGCUCCGGAGCCAGAAACGUUUUCAUGAUCCGUUUCAAGACUCGUUAUUCUCCAAUGCGGCGUCUGUAGAAGGAUACAGAGAAUGGAGCAGCAGUGUGACACCAAGGAGCUCAGUUCCUGGUGGGACCGGUAGCAAACGCAUUCGAUACGCUAUACUAGAGUGGAAUCCAUUACUGGAUAGCAGUAAUAUUGAAAUAGACGAUUGGAUUCGGAUAGCCACUGAAAUAGAAUUAAACUAUGCAUCUUUUGACGCAUUCGUUGUCCUCCAUGGCACAGACACUAUGUCUUAUACCUCAAGUGCCUUGAGCUUCUUACUGGAAGAUUUGGGGAAAACAGUUAUCGUGUCAGGCGCUCAAAUCCCUUUAUCUCAAUUACGGAACGAUGCUGUAGAUAAUCUUAUGGGUGCUUUGUCGAUUGCUGGUCAUUAUAUUAUACCAGAAUGCAGCUUGUUUUUCAAUCACACGUUAUUUCGCGGUAAUAGGGUUUCCAAGGCGUCGUCCUACGACCUGAAUGCUUUCAAUAGCCCUAAUUUUCCACCUCUCGUCAAUGUUGGAAUUGACAUUGUAGUCAACUGGAACGAUGUUAUUCGACAAACUAGCUUGAGACGCUUUAGGGCUUACAAGCCUACUCUCCGUCUUUUCCCUGGUAUAACGGCUGCAACUGUCCGAGCUUUUCUUAUGCCUCCUAUCCGUGGAGUCGUUCUAGAAACCUAUGGCGCUGGAAAUGCGCCUCAGCGUGCUGAUCUGAUGGAAUCUCUCAAGGAAGCUUGCAAUCGUGGAGUAGUCAUAGUUGCCAUCUCGCAAUGCGCAAAGGGAUCCGUAUCUGAUGCAUAUGAAACGGGUAGGACAUUACUUCAAACUGGUGUCGUUGCAGGUGGUGAUAUGACGCCUGAGUGCGCACUUACUAAACUCAGCUAUCUUCUAUCAAAACAGGAUUUGUCUGUUCCAGAAGUUCGGGACCUAAUUGGGACACCACUUCGUGGUGAACUAACGCGUCAUGAAGCUGUGGUGGACAUUCUGGUCACUGCAGGAGCCAACCUUGGCGGGAUUGAAAAUGAAUCAGGCUUCGCGGCACUUGUAUUGAAGAACGCUAUACAGACGGGAGAUCGGACAGCGUACAAGAUAUGGUCAAAGACUGGUAUGAAAUCACUCCCCGAACAAGAUGCUGGCCAAGCACCUCAGACAUGA